GAUUCUGCUCUUUCAUUAUGCCAGUGACGACGGCCCCUGCACCUGUUAAUGUUUUCGACGAUGACGACGAGGGAUGGCAGGAUAUGCCUGUUAUCCGGGAGGACGAGCUCAAGGGCGGGCUUGAUGAAGAAGACCAAAAGCGAUACCACUAUGUACCCUCAGUCAAGGGCACCAACGCCGCCAAUGCCAUCGGCAACAUUGACGUAGAUGACCUCGGGAACGAAUGGCGGUCGAAGAUAGACCACAAUGAAAGCGAAUACACGAGAUUACGGGUAAGGGAGGAGGAUGAUAAUGACGACGUGCACCUACGGACCCGGUACCUGUUCGAUGAAGACAAGGCUAUGACCCCGCUCAGCCAGAUGCAAGCGACCAAGAAUCUGCUCACGGAAGCACAACGUAUAGCGUACGUUGGACUCUGCUCACUGACGAGCCGUGAAAUGGCCCAGGCGAUGAAGGUGGUACGACGCAAGGAGCUCAAGGCGGCGGUAGCAAACAUGGAGCUCUGGGCGAUGAAAAUAAUGGGUCGGUUAUAUUAUCAUAUGGAGCUUGAGACUCAAGAGCAAAAGAUGAUUGAGAGUCUCGGCGAACAUGGCGUACUACCUAUGGAUCUCGUCCCGGCUCUCAUGACAACGCAUACCGUCGCUAAUCCAGAGUACGAUCCUGACGCAGCUCGUCGGCGGGCGUCUCACGAGGAAGAGCCCGAAGACCAUCCUGAUACCCAUGACGACCCUCCUCUCACACCGUCCGCUUCUACUAAGCCUACUUUUCAGACGACCGCCAAAGUCCUUGAAGAUACCUCCACAAUUGCAAUACCCGGUGUAUCCACCACCCUCUCCUCGGCUGACGAAAGGGUCACUCUCGACAUUCGAUGGACGGUCCUAUGCGAUCUGUUUCUGAUCCUCAUCGCCGAUAGCGUUUAUGAUGCUCGUUCACGCGUUCUCCUCGAAAAUGUUGCACUUAAGCUUGGUCUCGGAUGGCUGGAUGUUGUCAAGUUCGAGAGUCGUGUGACUGAGGCGUUGGAAAUCCAAGAGGACGUGGAGAGAAUGGAAAAUGAGGAUAUCAUUGACAGCCGCAGAAAGGCUAAUAGAAAGAAGCGGUACAUGAUGCUGGGUCUUGCUACGCUGGGAGGUGGACUAGUCAUUGGUCUAUCUGCAGGGCUUUUGGCUCCAGUCAUAGGAGUGGGUCUAGGUGCAGCGUUCAGUACCAUUGGGAUAACAGGGACAACAGGUUUUCUUGCCGGGGCCGGAGGUGCAGCCGUUAUCACGACUGGUGGUGUACUAACGGGCAGUGGCAUUGCCGUUCGAGGGAUGAUUAACCGGACACAACAAGUUCGAACGUUCGAUCUGCUUCCUUUGCAUAAUAACAAGCGGGUGAACUGCAUCAUCACAGUUCCAGGAUUUUUGAACGGCGCCCUAGAUGACCCUCGACUACCUUUCAGUGUGUUGGAUCCCAUUGUUGGCGAUGUCUUCAGUGUUCUCUGGGAACCUGAAAUGAUUCGAGAGACUGGAAGCGCUUUGAAGAUCCUUACAGGCGAAGUUCUCAGCCAAAUCGGAGCAACGGUGUUACAGGCAACCGUCAUGACCGCCUUAAUGAGUGCCCUUCAAUGGCCAAUCAUUCUCACCAAGCUCGGCUAUCUCAUCGAUAAUCCCUGGAAUAAUGCCCUUGACAGAGCCAAGGCAGCUGGCAGUGUCCUAGCAGAUGUUUUGAUGCAGCGACAUCUAGGUGUUCGCCCCAUGACUCUCAUCGGUUACUCUCUUGGCGCUCGCGUCAUAUUCUAUGCCCUUGUUGAACUGGUCAAACAGAAGGCGUUUGGCAUCGUCCAGGAUGUCUUCAUUCUCGGAACAACGGUCACCGCAUCAUCUAAGACUUGGUGUGAGACGAGGUCGGUAGUGUCAGGCCGAUACGUCAACGCUUUCGCACGGAACGAUUGGGUGCUCAACUAUCUCUUUCGAGCUACGAGUGGGGGAGUCGGAACGGUUGCCGGACUGAGACCUGUAGAUGGUGUCCCAGGGUUGGAGAAUGUGGAUGUGACCGACAAAAUUUCAGGGCAUAUGAGUUACAGAACUUUUAUGCCUUUGAUUUUGGAUCAGUUGGGUUUCCCGGUAUCGGCAGAUUAUUUCGAUGAGCCUGAGGAACCCGAAUUCACUGAAGAUCGGGUAGUUGUACGGGAAGAGGAUACGUCGAAGAAGAAGGGAUGGUUUUCGAGGAAGUCAAAAACUUCAAAACUCCAACAUGUAUCAAGACCGCCGGGUGGACCUUCGUCAUAUUCGAGGAAACCAUCGGGACCAGCAUCAAUGCCUGCAGGUUCCGUUGACAAUGACCUCCCACCGCGAAUAGAUUCUUCCACACCCGUAGCGUCGCCCCCUUCAACGCCUCAAAGAGACACAGCAUCCCCCGGACCGGACAUUCCUAUUCAUGCUGGAUUCGAUUUUGCCGCCAUCAAAGAGAUGAUAGAAAGCUCCGAACAUCCUGAACAGGCAGUGUCAUCUGCACCGAUCGCCGCACCACCCAUUCCACCGCCAACUAACCGCACCGAAUCCAUGCCUCAGGCCAAAAGAUGGCCUUCCCUUACUCCAGGUCCAAGCACGUCGCGUAGCCCUUCUCCACCGCAAAAGGACGAGAUGAGCUCUGUAUUCUCCCGAUCCAUGUCAUUUAACGAUGCGAAUGACUCAGAUGUCGAAGAUGAGCCUUCCAGAUCACCACAUGCUUCACUGCCGUUCAGUCCACCUUCAUACUCGCAAUCUCCACCUCCGUCGUCAUUCGGUGUUAAUGAUAGCUGGUCAGGCCCUCCGUCACGUACUACAACACUAUCUUCAUUCAACAACUACAGCUAUACUCUUCCUACCUAUUCAACUUCGGCUGCGUCGCUCAGUCAGAAUCCAUUUGCGUCAUCACUGGCUACGCCACCUGAUGCGGGGGCGCUAUCUUUCGGUGAUGUGGACGGAUCUAUAACUACGGCAUCUCCUGCCGACGUCGGUGACCCCUGGAGUAUACCCACCCAUGUAGGAAGGAGAAAGAACACGGGCGGGACGGACUACAGCUCAAAUCCAUGGUCUUAAUUAUUACACACUCCUUUGCAUAAUGUAAUAGUACGGAUACAAACAUCAUUCAACUAGACGCCAUAAUAUACAUUGACACAUCUAAUGUUCUUGGAUGAAUAUUCGUGAAAGGUCAUAACUGGCGGUAGUAG